AUGGGGUCACCACCUUCAGCUUCUCUCAGACAGAACAACCUUCUAUUCCUUCUAUUGAUCCUGAUCUUGUUCUUUUGCUCUAUACCUGAUAACACCAAUCUUUGUUCCAAGCAAUCUUCUGUCAACCCAAGCGUUAUUCCAUAUAAGAGCUCCUCCAACAUCUCUUCCUUGGAAACACUUAAGCUAGAUGGCUACUUCAGCUUUGAUAAUAUCGAUUAUGCAGCCAAGGACUUUGGCAACCGAUAUCAUUUCCUACCAUCAGCAGUUCUACACCCAAAAUCAGCUUCUGAUAUUUCCAACACUAUAAAGCAUAUUUUCAGAAUGGGCUCUACUUCACGGCUCACUGUUGCUGCUAGAGGCCACAGUCACUCCGUCCAAGGUCAAGCACAAGCUCAUCAAGGUAUAGUAAUCAACAUGGAAUCGCUUCGGGGACCAGAAAUGAAAGUUCACACCGGUGAACUGCCCUAUGUGGAUGCAUCAGGUGGUGAGUUGUGGAUUAAUAUUCUACACGAGACUCUUAAAUACGGGCUUGCACCAAAAUCCUGGACAGACUACCUUCAUCUUACCGUCGGAGGCACCUUAUCAAAUGCUGGAAUUAGCGGACAGGCAUUCAAACAUGGGCCACAGAUUAACAACAUUUACCAAUUGGAGGUUGUCACAGGCAAGGGAGAAUUAGUUACCUGUUCAGAGAAGCAGAAUGCAGAACUCUUUUAUGGUGUUCUUGGAGGACUUGGGCAGUUUGGCAUAAUCACUCGGGCGAAAAUAUCUCUUGAACCAGCCCCUAAGAUGGUGAAAUGGAUCAGAGUCCUAUACGAUGAAUUCUCUAAGUUUUCCAAGGACCAAGAAUAUUUAAUAUCAUCCGAGAAUUCUUUUGACUACAUCGAAGGGCUUGUAAUCAUCAACAGAACUGGUCUCCUCAAUAACUGGAGAUCCUCCUUCAAUCCAAGAGACCCACUUCAAGCCAGUAAAUUCAUUUCAGAAGGAAAAACUCUCUACUGUCUGGAAAUUGCUAAAUACUUCAACCCAGACGAGUCUGAUAAAAUGAACCAGAAAACUGAGCGCCUACUGUCAGAACUGAGAUACGUUCCAUCCACACUGUUUAUGUCAGAAGUUUCUUAUGUGGAAUUCCUGGAUAGAGUCCACCUGUCUGAAAUCAAACUCCGAGCAAAAGGUUUAUGGGAGAUUCCUCACCCAUGGCUGAAUCUUCUAAUCCCAAAAAACAAAAUCUUUGAAUUUGCUCAAGAGGUCUUUGGCAAUAUUCUUUCAGACAAUAGCAAUGGUCCAAUCAUCAUCUAUCCAGUCAAUAAGUCCAAGUGGAACAACAGGACAUCUUUGAUCACCCCAGAAGAAGAUACUUUCUACCUAGUGGCAUUUUUAUCCUCUGCAAUGCCAACUUCCACAGGAAGAGAUGGCUUGCUUCACGUUUUGGCCCAAAACCAAAGAAUUCUAGAUUUCUGCUCCACGGCCAGUCUUGGGGCCAAGCAAUAUUUGCCUCAUUACACCACCCAGGAAGAAUGGCAAACUCAUUUUGGUCCACAGUGGGAAGUUUUUGUACGAAGGAAAUCAGCUUAUGACCCAAUGGCAAUCCUAGCUCCUGGCCAAAGAAUCUUCAGAAGGAAAUUAACAUUCACAUGA